AACUCCAAAUAAUUCAACCUUUUAGAUUCUGUUUUUUCGGUCGAAGCAUAAUAAGCCCACCCAUAAGUCGGAAGAAGAACAUUUAGUUUCAAAAGCUGAUCAAGUCGAUUAUUGUCUAAGGAGUUAUAUCAGUUCAAACAUUUUAGUGAAAAUGAAGCUUUUCUGUUUUUUUAUGUCAUUUCUAUUUGUAUAUGUUUUGGCAAAUGUUAAAGCGGAUCAUACGAAAGAGGUUUUAGUUAAAACGGAUUAUAUGAAAUUGGUUUUAGUUGCAAAUAAUGAAAUAGAGCGUGCCUAUUAUAUGAAUAAUGUACCUUUUGGCGGUAAAUCUGGAGCAAAUGGAUUGGAAUAUGUAAUUGAAACAAUAGUUGGUGAUACCACAUUUUACAAGCAUUUCGGCAAAAUUAAUUCUAUGAUCGCUGUACCAGACAAAAUGGAUAUUUCCGUCGACAUGGAUGAAAAACCAUCCUAUGACAAUUUAACCAAAUUGAAAUAUUACCAGUCUCUGGUGGCGUGGAAAAUAAAAAACACAUUAGAUAUUUACUACUAUCCUGAAGUUGAUGACGAACAGAAUAUUGCCUUUCUUGAAGUUGAUGAAGACCAAAAAAUUUCUUCUUUUGUAGUAGCUGAAGACCAAAGCGUUGACAUUCUUGAAUUCGAUAUUGACAUUCUUGAACUUGAUAAAAAACAAAAUUUUGGAGACUUUGAUUUGACAAAACUUGCACAACAGAGAAGAACUCUUACUGGGCUAGCUUUAAAGAAAAUAUUAAAAAGUUUAUGCACCACAAAUAAAAAUGAACAUCCUGUACAUCAUGUCGCUUUAUUACGGAUAUGUCGUUUCUUAGGACUAUACAUGAGCACACAAUUUCCAGAAUUAUACAUAAAAAAUAUUGAGGUUGACUCCAUGAAUCGUACUUGUAUUCUAUACAAUGGAACUACAUCUCUAGUAUACAGAAAAAAUAAUGACGUAUGGGAGCAAAUAUGGGAAGACGGUAAAACACAACCACUUGAGGAACAGUUAAAAUAAUUUAAACCAGGAAGCAAUGGAAUAUCUUUUCUAAAAUUAUAGAAUACCAUUGAUUUUUAUUAA